AUGCUCUCUGUACUCUACUACUUCGUUCUCAUUGUUUUGGCCUCCCUAAUACCGGAAGGACAAGGUAAGAUUUUACCACAGUUAUGACUUUGUUAUGGUUUGAGUAUAUUUCAAUGUUUACCGAGGCGAUAAAUUACGUUUUUAUGAAUUUUUUUGUUGAUAACGGCUAAACCUUGCAAUAAUCUCACAAGCUUCUCCUACUAAUAUCAAAUGUAAUGAAUUAUUUCAUCUAAAUUCAAAAACAAGGGGCGCUUAUUGGAGUAUCUAAAAAGAAAAGACUAGCCAAAAACUUUAUACAGGAGAACAGCUUUUUUAUUCUUGGUAAAGAAACCUUUUAACUCGUCACAGCGAGCAACAAAACGUAUCGUUAGAACAGUGCUUCAAACUUACCACUUAACAUAUUAUCUGUGGAAAAACCUGACUUUUUUGCACAAUCAGCUCCAAAGUUGAUCUAAGGUUUGGUCCAUAUUUCAAAAAACCUAAAUCGAGGACUGAAUUUGUGUAUUCCAGCGAGUUGGUAGAACUAUGGCAUAAGUUAUUAAUGAUCCACCCCAGAAAGGAAGUUCUAACUAAGCUUGAGGCAAAACCAGGUGGUUCAAAUGAAAUAUUUGUUUAACAAAGACGAUAGUUGACAUUUUAGGAUUUUUUUCCUCCUGCCACACUCAAUUAUCCCCUUAAGGUGUGCAUGCUCGAGGGUAAAUUUCAGCGUUUCGCCUUCUGGUGCUCGUUCAUGCACAGUAUGCAUAGAAAACUUUCGUUACAUCUUUAGCAGUAGAAAGCCAGGACGUAGAUAGUGUAUAGAGAGUUUGUCAAAAUUGCUUGACGUACCAUGGAGUUCAUAAAGUUGAGAAGCUCGUGGUUUAUACGCGAGCGACUAACUUUGUUUCCUCGCGCUUUUCAUAAUACGCAUAUUGGUCGAAAGCUGAAGUCACGCGACAUAAUAAAAAACGCUUCUCAUGAAUUGACCAAACAAAAAACUCCACGACACGUUCCGAUAAUAACCUUUUUUAAAAGAACCAAACAUGCUCAGAGGAGAGGACUAUUAUUGCGUGAUAAACACGACUUACUCUAUAUUUUGACAAAGUUGUUUAUGGAGUUCGGGAACAAUCGAUCGAUCACGAUAGUUGAUCACAACCAAAGGAAUCACUCUCCUGGUGUUAAACUAAAGCAAUAAUUCAGCAGUAACACUGCUCUACAAUUCCAGUCUCAGUAAAGGUGCUCAAUGCCAAAUAGCAACUUUCUUAAUAUAAUUGUUCACCAGGCAACUUCCGCAAUUUGAAGUUUACCAGUUUUGCUAAACCUGGCUACAGGUUGGAGAAUCACACGGUUCGAACUACUGAAGUAUUCGACGAGGAUCUCUGCAGGUUACAAUGCUAUCUGGAACCUAACUGUGUCAGUUAUAACUUCCUUAGGAUAAAACAGGCAUCUGGAACACACAAGUGUGAUCUGAAUAACGCGACCAUUGAACACGAUGAAGACCUGGUAAAAAACGAAAGUUACAUUUACCGCGGAGCUGAGGUGAGAUUAAUGUUUAUCAGCGAAGAGUAUGAGACUUUAUACUAGUUGAGGCUUUUUUAAAAGACUAAGACUAAGCAUCCCUCAGCCUCUGCCACUCCUCUAAAUUCUUCUUCCACCCACCAGAAUAUAGGUUACGAUAAUUGAACGUUUAAAAUGUUGAAAUAAAGACAUAAGAGAGGCAUACUUUGUUAUUUAAGAAUGACUGCUUCUGGAGCUGUUUUUAUACACUUAUAAGAUACACACAGAUUUUGCUCUCGCUCUGAACAGUGCCACGCUUGGGACGGGAACAAAUGUGCUCAACACAAACAUUUGCGUAAAUAACAAAAAAGCUUGCGCGAAAUACAUGGACAUGAGGGAAGACGCGCAGAUUUCACAAACAUGCAUAACAUUCAGAACUCGCAAACAUGAAUACACGCGCAGAAGACAAGCACAAUAAUUGAAGUGGUCAUAUUCUUUUUCUUCUUAAGAAUGCUUGCGUCAGUAAUCCUUGCAGAAACAAUGCAACAUGCCAAGCUGGCUUUACACACAGAGAUUAUCAGUGUUUGUGUGCUUUUGGAUCUGGAUUUGAAGGCCAUGAUUGUGAUAGAGGUGAGGAAUCCGCCAUUUUUUUUGCUAGUCAGUAAAAUGAAUGUGAGGUCAUUUCUUAUCUGACAACGGGGAACGUUAGCAUGGAGGCAAAAACACUCUUAGCCAGAGCACGUCAAAUACACACAAUGUGUGUGGAAAUGGAACUAACUGCAAAGGUAAUUUGGUAUCCUCAAGUGAGUUGAUAACGUAAAAUAGGCCAUUGUUGCGAGUUUAAAAUCUAACGUUUCGAGCGUUAGUCCUUUGUCAGAGGAAAUGGAGGAAUUGUGGGUUGUGUGUCUGUUUAUAUGCGGAAUAUGGAGUUAUGCUAUUGGCGGCAACAUGUUAACGAGAAAACAAGAAUAAAAUAGCUGAUUAUAACAUGCCGAAAAUCUACCAAAGCAAACAAACCAGAAUACAAUAACACAACAAAACACAAGAUAAAAACAUAAAAACAGGUUCCGUAUAAAAGAUGCUUCGUUUUAAUUCUCUAGACUUGGACGAAUGUGCUGACGGAACGCACAACUGUGAUGUGAAUGCUGAGUGUAACAAUACUCUGGCAUCGUACAGCUGCACGUGUAAAGAUGGAUUUCGUGGAAAUGGAACUAACUGC